AUGGAAGAGGCCUGCCAGAUCAUCGAGCAUAUCGUAAACGCAGAGAUGCGCAAACGUCAACGCUUUCCGCUCGAAUGGGGAGGGCAUACGAGCGACAAAGACGCAGAGCCUCUUCUCUGGCGUGCCAACGUCGCGGCAUCCAAUUGCUAUGCAGGCGCGAAGGAGAACAUCUGCUUUCACUCCGACCAGCUAACCCACCUGGGUCCCUACCCAACCAUCGCUAGUCUUAGUCUUGGUGUAGGCCGUACCUUCCGGCUGCGUGAGGUCGUACCAUCAGACGAGAAGGACGAUCGCUCAGCUCGGACAUUCAAUAUCCCCCUACGGCACAACUCUCUGGUCAUCAUGCACGCAUCGACGCAGGAAAAGUUUAAACAUGCUGUCCCUCCCCAAAACAGUAUCGACAUGUUCCACCCGCCCUUUCCUCCGCCGCCCUCGCUCACGGACGACAAGACACGGCUGGCGAAGUUGCAGGGUGCAUCGAACGUGCGAAUCAACGUCACCUUCCGCUUCUUCCGUCCCGACUUUCUCUCGCGCACGAUCCCGAGAUGCGACUGCAGCAUUCCUUGUAUUCUGCGCCCUGAUAUGAAGAACCGGUACCCACACGAGACCGGCAACGAUUUGGAAGGCGGAACGUCGACGCAAGCUUCUCCUCCUGGGGCAUCUAGCGGAGGGACACGCGGUAUGAAGGCAGCGGUAACAAGGUAUUGGUGGGCGUGUGCGGUGGGUGGUAGAAACGACGGGAAGGGCUGCAAGUACUGGAAGAUGAUGGACGUCAAGGUUGAAGGAAGAGGCCCGUUUGCUGCUGAAGUGCAUUGA